AUGGUUAUAUGGAAAAUUGAUCUUAUCGAUGACAAGAUAUCGGAACAAAAUCAUUGUAAACGUAUUGGUAUUUUACGUCAGCAUACUGGAGCUGUUUGGUCUGUGAAUUGGCAUUGGACUGGUACUUAUUUAGCUAGUUCCGGUAUGGAUAAUACAAUACGUCUAUGGAAUGUUGAACACGCCAUGAUGUCAUUUAAAAUGAAUAAAGAUUUAUUAAGCACACGUUCUGCAACAUCAUGUUGUACAAUACUUAGAGGGCAUAGUAAAUCAGUGAAUUCUAUUCAAUUUUUACCUUAUGGAAAUAUUUUAGUUAGUGGUUCAUCAGACAGAACAGUGUGUUUAUGGGAUGGUCGUUCGGGUUUAUGUGAGCAUACAUUUCUUGGUCAUACACAUUCAAUCAAUUGUGCUAUAUUUAAUCAACAAGGUACCAAUGUGAUAUCAUGUGACAGUGGAGGUUUUAUUCGAUUAUGGGAUCUUCGUAAAAUCAAUAAUUUCUCAUUUGAAACAAAUUUACCUACCUUAAAAAUGAAAAUGCACAAUAAUAAUAAUAAUAAUAAUGUAGAGGUGAAAUGUUUGCCUACUUGUUUUGAUUUGAAUAAAACUCGAAAAUUUGAUCGUUUCAAUCAUCCUCAUCCUCAUCAACAACAUCCUAAUCAUCAUCCAAAUCCUACAUCUAUACAACAUAAACAAUUAGAACAACGAAAUAAACUUGGAAUUAAUCAAUUAGUUAUUGAUUUGAAUAGUGAAUAUAUUGUUGCUGGUUGUGAUGAUUCUAAAAUUUAUUGUAUAGAAAUAUCAACUGGUCAAAUAUCUACAUUACAAGGACAUGAUGAUUCGGUUCAAUCGAUUGUAUUAGAUUAUGAAUCAGGAUAUUUAUAUUCAGCAUCCAGUGAUCAAAAGGUAUGUUCAUGGAUCUGAAUGAAACAUAGAACAUUAUUUUAUUAUUUUGAUGGUUAUGCAUAAAAGAUCAUCCUUUUUAGAAACAUUUUACAAAAUGAAC